CAACUCUCCUCGGGCCCGUUUCCUGCAAUCCCUCUCGCCUAGCUUCUUGGAACCGCCGGCUGUGGAAUCCCUAGAAUUGGAGCGGCGAGACCGCGGCACGUUCUUGGGCGCAGGCGGAGGAGAUGACUGGAACGAUGAAGUGGGAGAUAGUGCAUGUUCCUGGUGAGCCAGAGAGCUCUCUCGAAGUGUCUACUGUUGAUGUUUUGGCUUCGAAGAUUGAACCAAAGCUUGCCAACAAGAUUGUGAGGCAGUUGAAUCAGGUGUGUCCACUCGAGAAUCUCCGUCAUGUGAAACGGGUGCGAAAAAGGACGGUUGAAGGUAAUGCUGAGUUGUCAGUUAUUCUAUGUCUUUCUGAUGAAUAUGAAAAAGAUGCAGAGGCAAUACCAAGAGGCAUUCAUCAGCUUAUCAGUGACUAUAAUUUGUGUCCUUAUAAUGCAAAAGUUGCCAAGUAUGCUGCUAGAUCAAAAGAAGAAUGGGAGGAACAGUGCAAGCUUUGGCCGACGUCAUAUCAUCCAUCAACCAAUUUCGAUGGGGUUGCUGGACUGAGUGAAGGGGAAUUGCAGUUGAUAUUCAACUACAUGAAGGUUGUGAUCCAGUUAACAAAGUUGAGUUAUACUGGUGGUAAAGUUCUAAAUGCUGCUAUCAUCGUUGAUCCUAUUAGUAGGCAAGUCAUUGCAAGUGCUAAUGACCAAACGUGUCCAUGGCCCACAACAUACGAGACCAGUGCAAGAUAUAACUGCAAUGACAGGUGUGGAGUAACCAUUGCAUCCCAUGAUUCCAAUCUGAAUGGAUUACAGAACAGUCUAGAAAUUUCAGUUCAAAAAUUUCAACUUGAUAUAUGCAGUGAUGUAUGUGCUGGGGUUUCUUGCUUAAAUCCUUGGGGAUGGACAGCACAAAAACAAAGCAGUCAGAGUUCCUCAAUGAAAAGCGAGAGCAAACAUACAUGGCAUCCUUUAAGGCAUGCUGCUCUUGUUGCUAUUGAAAAUGCCGCAGAAAGAGAUAGGCAACUAUUCCCCGGUCCAGGAUCAUCAGAGUCUCAAUCUACACCAAAUGGCAAUCCACUGUGUGCUGAUAAUUGUCCAGCAAAACGUCAAAAGAUACAGCAACAUGUAUGUCAGCUGGAUCUAUUUCGUCAGGAGCACAGCAUGGUCAAGGAAGUUCCAGACAAUAGGGAACCUACUGAAAUAAUGCGGCCUUAUUUGUGCACUGGCUUUGAUAUCUACCUUGUAUGGGAGCCAUGCACCAUCUUUUCAGGCUUCGGCUAUUGUAUUAUUAGAAGUUAUCUCAGAAGAAGAAUGGUUAUGAAACUUGAAGACUUCACUUGUUCUUCUACACUUCACUCUCCUGCAGGACCGCAGGAAAUCUUUGUGCUAAGGUUUGAUACAGUGGAUAACUGCAGUAGGAAAGAUGAAGUGUUACAGGGCUGAAGAUUUUAUACUUUGCAUCACGAAGAUUCAAGACACAGUUCAGAUUGCUGAUUGCAUUGCCAAAACAGCAUGUGGUGAGGAAAGGAAGUCUUAUUUAUCUGAGGGUCAUGUAGGCAUCAAACUUUUGCAUCUUGACUUGGUUAAGAUACAGGUAUAAAAUCACCUCUGUUCCAAUUCACGCAUCUGAUUUACAAUCUACAUCUUGAUGUUAUUUGAAUGAGGCAUUCUACCCUUUAUGUAGCCAGCAUAUGGCAUAUGACAAUCCUUUAUCAUUAGUGAGUCCAAAGAGGAAUAGAGUAGAUUCCUCUGGUGCUCUUGCCUGGCCCUUCGUUUC